GUGUUUCCCCGUGCCAGGUAGUCUUUUUCCUUGAAACCUGAUGAAAGAUGCACCAUUUCUGUCAUUUUCAGGGUAGAUUCCUUGGCCCACCUGUGCCCCGCCCCCCACUCUGUGCAAACGUGCAAAAGGUCAAGCCGCCUCCAUGGCCCCAGGAAAGAUUCAGGGGAGAGGCCCCAUACAGGGAGCCCCUCCAGCCAGACACCCUGGAAAGAAUGGAGCUGACUGAUUUGCUCCUGCUGGCCAUGUUUUUCCUGACUGCGAGGCUAACCCUGUCCAGCCCCGUUCCACCUGCCUGCGACCCCAGGCUCCUCAAUAAGCUGCUUCGUGACUCCCACCUCCUUCACAGCCGGCUGAGCCAGUGCCCUGACAUCAGCCCUUUGUCCGCACCUGUCCUGCUGCCGGCUGUGGACUUCAGCCUGGGAGAAUGGAAAGCGCAGACGGAACAGACCAAGGCACAGGACAUUCUAGGGGCAGUGACCCUUCUACUGGAGGGAGUGAUGGCAGCACGAGGACAGCUGGAACCCUCCUGCCUUUCAUCCCUACUGGGACAGCUUGCUGGGCAAGUUCGCCUCCUCUUAGGGGCGCUGCAGGGCCUCCUAGGAACCCAGCUUCCUCCACAGGGCAGGACCACAGCUCACAAGGAUCCCAACGCCAUCUUCUUGAACUUGCAACAGCUGCUGCGAGGAAAGGUGCGCUUCCUGCUGCUGGCAGACAGCCCCGCCCCUUGUGUCAGACGGGCCCUGCCCACCCCGGCCGUCCUGAGCAGUGCCUCUCAACUCCUCACACUGAACAGGCUCCCAAACAGGACUUCUGGAUUGUUGGAGAAAAACUUCACUGGCCCUGGACUCCUGAACAGGCUUCAAGGAUUCAGAGCCAAGAUCAUUCCUGGUCAGCUAAAUCAAACCUCCAGAUCUCCAGAGCAAAUCCCCGGGUACCUGAACAGGACGCAAGGACUUGUGAAUGGAACUCGUGGGCUCCUUGCUGGAGCCUCACUUCAGAUCCUGGAAGCCUCAGACAUUCUGCCAGGAGCUUUGGACCAAGGCCCCCUGCCACUCAACCUCCAAAGUGGGCAUCAUCCUUCUCCGACCCAUGGUCCUGAUGGGCACACACCCCUCUCUCCUUCACCAGCCUUGCCCAUCCGCGGGCCUCCACCCCAGCCCCACCCCCUGAUCCCUGGUCCUUCCACCAGCGUGCCUAACUCCACCCGCCCUCAUCCAAUCGCAGUGUACCCUCCUUCCCAGAAUUUGUCUCGGGAAGGACGAGGGCCACAGGCACAGCGAGCAUCUGCGACAUCUCAAGAGAUGAGCCUUCCGCAGGAGAGGCUCUGAGACACAACCGCAGCUGCACUAGAUGUCCUGCGUUUGCCCGGAACCCAAGGCCCUGGGAAAGGGAUACACAGGACAGGACAUCGUAAAAUCUUAUGAGCUUUUUUUUUUUUUUUAAACCUAUCAGCAAUAUUCAUCAGAGCAGCUAGUUAUCUUUGGUCUAUUUUCUGUAUAAAUUUGAAAAAUCACUAAUUCUCUCUAUGUGCCUUGAUACAAUAAUUCUGCAAGUGCCUACACUGGUUGAGCCUUUCAACCAAUGUAGAGAGUAACAAUGUGCCAGCAAA